AUGAUCCAGUUACUCGCGGCGAAUCGGGGCCUCCCCUCGAGAGGAUUGCGCGAAAUCGGGGCCCAUCCGUGUCCAAACGACACAAAAGUCGCGCUCCGCCGUCUGAAGCGCGUAACGGAAGCGGAACCGACAUUUGCAUCGGCCUGGAAUCGUGCCACUAGGCCUGACAGAGGGAAGGGUAUUAUCACAUUUUUGACAGAUCGAAUGUCUUUACUUGCCGAUUCCGGAACUGACGGGGUAUUUACCCGUUUCAGGAUAAUGCAAAGGCGCGAUACGUACACAAGUCGGUCGAAAUGGCGGAUUAUUCCGUACAUGGGAAAGGCAAACAGCUUGGCCAGCCGAGCGUGUAAUAAUGGACUGUGUGCGGAAAAUGGCACCGUGUAA